UGGGUUUUAUGGGGAAAGUAACCAAAACCGGAAUAAAAGCACUACCGUAUGGCAGGACAUAAACAUGUGUGUUCGAAAGUUUCCGAGCUUGGGGCACAAUGGCUGCUCUGCCUUUAAUUAAAUAUGUACAAACCUGGAGGUUGCCGCGGUGUGAAAGUAAUUUGAGUUUAAUAUUCAUGCUAAUUUAAAUAUGAAAACGCAGUUCGCGGAUUACAGUGCUUAUACGUAAUGCUUAGCUUGAUUGCUGGUUUUCAGAGCACUUUAGAUGGGGGUUUGAUAUAAAUUACAUUAGUGGUAUGCGGAUAUGUACGUUUUAAAACGAAAGGCAGUUUCGUCUGUGACAUCAGUUCAGUUUCAAAAGGCCAUAAAAAAUGAGGCAAAUAAAACUCUUAGUCUGGUUACUGGUCGUCGGAGUGGUUUCCUCAACGGAACAACUUCAAUUCCUAAAGAAUUUCCUAGAAGCGGUGCACAAAGAGAGAUCUAUUUCAACUAUUCUUCUUAUUCAAAGGAAAGUUCAUAAAAAUGAUUUUCUGCACGGACUUUACCCCAUAUUCUGGCCAAUAAUUUGCUUGGACGAAACUAAAAGAGUUGAACUAGUAAACAAUUUUAACAAGGACUUCCUGGCACUUGUUUAUAUGGAAUCUGAGGCGGAUACAUUGCUACUGUCGGCAUUGGCUGCCGAUUUAAAUCAUAUUAGAGACGCAAGGAUUAUGAUCUGGUUACAGAUGAGCCCUUCGGAAAAUUUUCUUGAUCGUAUUGUUUUUCAGGCAUCUAAGCAGAAGUUCCUUAAUCUCGUGGUAAUAGAAAAUACAUUAAAAACUCGACGAUUUUAUCCAUUUCCCCAGCCAAAAGUUCAAGUUAUCGACAAACCUUUCGAGGAAAAAGAAAUAUAUCCCGCUCUUUGGCGCAACUUCAUGGGCAAAAAUGCAAUAGCUGUGCCCGACUUGGUGCCACCACGGAGUUUUAAUUCUUUUGAUCCAAAAACCGGUCAUAGAAGGGAAAGUGGAUCUAUCUACAAUGUCUUCAAAGCCUUUACGCAGAGAUACAAUAUUACCAUGCUCCUGAAAUGGCCGCUCAUCAGAAAUACUACCCAAGAGGAAAUUAUCGGAAAAAGUGUUCGUGGAGAGAUAGACUUACCAAUAACCGGACAGUUGAUUAGCUUUAGACACCCAAACGGAAGUAGGUCUCAGCCUCUUUUAGGAAUGACAGCCCUAUCCAUUGCUGUGCCUUGCGGCCCCGAGUUGCCAAUGUUUGAUCGGUUCUUUUUGUUCUACGGACUGGCUACACCCAUCACCAUAACUGGAUACUAUGUCCUGCUAAACACCAUAGAGAUCAUACUUGGAACUCUGAGCGAUCGAAUCAAACGCCAUCCAAGACGUAAGAAGAUCCUGAAUCUGGUGCUUAAUCUACGGGUAUUUAGUUGCAUUCUGUCCCUGCCCACUCCACAAGGGAAUCGACUUAGAUCCGUCAAGGGUCAGCUGACCAUGGUGAUGAGUAUCACAGGCCUAAUUCUCUCCUGCAUUGUGGCAGCACAAACGAGUACUAUUCUCACCAUGAAGCCCCAAUACCGGCAUAUCAAGAACUUUCAGGAACUGAGCGACAGUAACAUAACCGUGGUAUGUAACCACCUUAACUACUUGACCAUCAAGCAGCAAAUGGACCCCAAGUUUAUGGCCAAGUUCAUGCAGAACAUCUGGAUAGUGAACAGCAUUGAGCAGAUGAAGAUGAUCUUUGAUUUGAAUACGAGCUAUGCCUACCAGACAUUCUCCUACAAAAAGGACCCAUUUACACUGCUUCAAAUGCACACUACCCGUAAGGCGUUUUGCAGGACCCCGGGCUUAGAUUUGGUCAGUGGACUCGCUUAUACUGCGGUUCUCGAAAAGAAUUCGAUCUACGCACUGGCCUUGCAGGACUACACCCUAAAGGCUUUUAGUGCCGGUCUUGUCUAUUACUGGGCGGAAGAGUCUAUUCGGGAUCUUAUCUCCACCGUGGGGCGUACACAAUUUGAAAAGCUACCCAUUGUGAUCGGCUAUCAAUCUCUGAAGCUGCAGGAUUAUAAUGUCUGUUGGAAGAUUUUACUAAUCGGUGGGGCACUAGCCUUUUGUGUAUUCAUCGUGGAAGUUGUCGUGGGCUUGAUUAAUCGUCGAAUAUGAAAGACGAUGGAUAGGAAAAUAUAUUAUAAAAUGUUAAAUAUUAUAAACCAUAAUCAAAUUGCAAUUUUAAUUUAUUUGCUUGCAAUGCUUUCUUAACGUUAAUAAAAAUUUUAAUUGUGUGUCCUAAUCAAAAAAGCACCGUGUAUUCCAUUCUGAAAUAUAAAGUAUAAAGGGGGUUGCCCAAAAGCGUAUACCUUUCCUAUCUAUUUUCACUGUGAUAAAAGAACAAAUGUUGUAUUAAUAGUAAUUCCAAUUUAGUGGGAAUAUGUAACUCUUAAUUUGAUUACGGGCUGGCAGAGCUUUUUACAUGGGUGUCCGAUUUGAAAUGCAUUAUUGCAAAGAUGCACGGAUAUGACUUUAAAAUGGAAAUGCACAUUUCCAAGUGAUUUUAGUUCACUAGAAUUAAUCCAGAAGUCAUGAGGGAAGCUCAGAUAAUUAUUUUCUUGUUGACAAGUGCUGCAGCAGUGACCCUGAAACAAUAUGAAUUCCUUUAAAGUUUCCUGAAAGCAGGGGAGCAGGAACAAACGAUUACUACUCUUCUGAUGAUGCAAAAGCACGUUCACACAAAGAAUCUUCUUCAAGGACUAUAUCCAUAACCCUGGCCCAUAAUCCAUUUCGUUGAAACUCAAAGAAUUAAGUUCAUUGCUCUGCUCUAUAUGAGUUCUGAAAAGGAUAUAUUUCUCUCAUCAUUGGCUGCCAAUUUAAAGUUCGAAAGACUUGAUAAGCCCUUUGGAAAGUCGAAUAUUUUCCCUGUUCUAUGGCGUAAUUAUAUGGGAUAGAUCGCUUUGACAUUAGACCACUUGGUGGAACCACGAAGUUUCUACUGGAC